AUGCGUUUCGUGCACAACAUCAAGGCAGCAGCCAGAGGCCAGAAGAGCGACAUGAAGUCGUCGCCGCAGAUUGAAGCAGAUGAAUUCGAAGCUGUACAACCGCUACUGUGGCGCAAUGCUCAGGCCAAGGCAUUCUCAGAGGACAUCAAUGCACUGGACAACAGACAACCUCUACCAAGCAAUAGUCGACUACGACAACUGACACCUCUGGUGGACAAACAUGGAGUUCUCCGACUCAGGAGUCGUUUGGCGAAAGCCGAUUGUCUCAACCACUCAACGAAACAACCUGUUGUCCUGGCCCCUGAGCAGCCGUUCACAAAGCUACUAAUCCAGCACUACCACCAAGCCGCUGGCCACCAAUGUCAAGAGCUGGUGUUGAAUGAGAUCCGCCAGCGCUACUGGGUCCUGACUGGUCGCUCCGCAGUCAAGCUCUUGUGGAUACUGUCCCAGAAGUGCAAGAAUGCAAGCCGCAAACCGCAAGUGCCGAUGAUGGGCGACCUACCAGCCUCGCGCCUCACGCCCAACAUCCGUCCGUUCGCAACGACAGGAGUCGACUACUUUGGUCCUCUGACAGUGAAGGUGGGACGACGUUAUGAGAAACGCUGUGGCGUGCUAUUCACGUGCCUCGUUACCCGCGCAGUGCAUCUGGAAAUCGCAACCAGUCUUACCAUGGCGAUCCGGCGGUUCACAGCCCGGCGUGGUCACCCCGCCAAGAUGUACUCCGACAAUGGCACAAACCUGCAUGGAGUAGAUAAGGAGCUGUCGACAGCACUGUCGGCCCUGCAACAAGAUCAACUCACCACAGAGCUGACACUGCACAGCAUCCAGUGGCAUUUCAACCCGCCAGCCGCGCCGCACAUGGGUGGAGUCUGGGAGCGUUUGGUGCAUUCGGUGAAGAGUGCCCUCCGGGCCAUCAUGGAUGUGCGUACGCCGUCCGACGAGGUGCUCGCUACAGCUUUCGCAGAGGCUGAAGUCCUUGUAAACAGUAGGCCACUGACACACGUUUCUGUUGAUCCUAAUGAUCCGGAGGCAUUGACGCCGAGUCAUUUAAUGAUCAGCACGUCCAGUCCCAACCACCCCAUCACCGCCAGUACUGAUGCUGAUUUGUGCCUGCGGAAGGGAUGGCGUAUAGCUCAGUGUUUAGCUGACAUGUUCUGGCAGCGAUGGGUGAAAGAGUACCUGCCAGAGCUGUCUCGGCGAACAAAGUGGCACAAGGACCAUGCAAGUGCAGCUGACUUGGCAAUGGAUGAUGUGGUCAUCAUCGCCGACAGCAACCUACCCCCAGGAAGUUGGAUUCGUGGUAGAGUCGUCGCCACUCACCCCGGCAAGGAUGGUCGUGUACGUGUUGUGGAUGUAAAGACUCAGACGGGUACAUACCGCAGGCCAGUAGCUCGGUUGUGUAAGCUGGACGUACACAAGCAGGUAUGA